CUGGAUGUUCUGUCUUCUUUCUCAGUGAAGAAUUUGUGUCUGUUUCUUUACUUAUUUAUAACGUGUUAGGUUACAUGUUUUCUAGGGAGUGGAGUCUCCAUGUUUCCCAACAAGACAGGGCAUGCAUACACAGCCUAUGUUCAUGUGUGUGUCUGUCAUGACGUCGCAGCUGCUGAAUCUGGUUUGGCAGGCGUUCUGAGGAAAGAAUGAGUAGACACAGGCAGCAGGGGAAAGAAAAGGAGCUGAAAAGCUGAAAGUAGCUUUUCCCUUCAGUGCUUAGUCUUCGCCUGCUGGUGUCGGCACACGGGGUGUUUAAGUGGCGUUUCACUUUCAAGGCAUUUAUCUCCAAGGCCAGUGCAGCAGCGACAGGGAUGAACUGGUCAGGAUUGGAGAAUCUGCUGAGCGGAGUCAAUAAGUACUCCACAGCGUUUGGGCGGAUUUGGCUGUCCAUGGUGUUCGUGUUCCGGGUGUUGGUGUUCGUGGUGGCAGCUCAGCGGGUGUGGGGUGACGAAAACAAAGACUUUGUGUGUAACACCCGACAGCCCGGCUGUACCAAUGUCUGCUACGACCACAUCUUCCCCAUCUCCCACAUCCGCCUGUGGGCGCUGCAGCUCAUCUUUGUCACCUGCCCUUCUCUGAUGGUGAUGGCUCACGUGAAACUCCGUGAAGGAAAGGACAGGAAAUACGUCGAGCUGCACCAGGGCUCGCACCUCUACGCCAACCCUGGCAAGAAGAGAGGAGGCCUAUGGUGGACGUAUCUGCUGAGUUUGAUCUUCAAAGCUGGAUUCGACUCAGCUUUUCUCUAUAUCCUGUAUCGGUUAUAUCAUGGAUAUGACCUGCCCAGGUUGUCCAAGUGUCAGCUGUCCCCGUGCCCCAACACCGUUGACUGCUUUAUCAGCCGUCCAACAGAGAAAAAGAUCUUCAUGCUGUUCAUGGUCAUCUCCAGUGCGGUUUGCAUCCUCAUGUGUAUCCUCGAAAUGAUUUACCUCAUCGGCAAGCGCAUCAUGAAAAUAUUAAAGGUCCGACAUGAGAACGAGAGGCUCGUCUUCGCUGACCAGCACGAGCUCAGUACCAUUGCUCCGCCCCGCUCUCAGUGCAGAAGCAGGAGAGAUCCCACAGUAACCGACAGCGAGCUGGAGUUAAGCAAGAGGAAGGAUGCUAAAACUACAGUACUCUAGCAUCCUGCAAGCUGCAAUCAUGGCUCGCCAACAGGAACAGAAAGUACCCAAUAAGACUACUGAAACUGAUCAAAAAGGGUUGUUCCUGUGGAUUAUGAUCCUCUCAUCCAGCUGCAUAUGAAAUGUUCAUGACAUCAGCUGGGUUAAAGAAAUGGCACCUAGAGCUGCUGACCAGAAAACACUGCUGAAGAAGAGGACUGUCAGCGGUCCGACGUCGCGUUUUUUCACUGUUUAUGUCACAGAGACGCGAGGACAAACAUUCAGGUUAUUACGUAUCUACAAGAUAAAUUAAAUAGAAUUUAAUUUUAGGUUAUUGAUUUAAGAAUCUGCAGCAAACGACUAUUUAAUUAAUUGUCUCACAUCAUUGUAAAUAUUGCAGAUUACAACACUUGCUAUCUAAAACUGCACUGUUGAAACUGCACUGUGUAGUUUAACAUCUUUACACUGACAGAAAGGGGUGUUUGGCUGGUUCGGCCACUUAAGAUGUGUCACAGGAUGUGAAAUGAGUUUGACAUUCCUGCUUUACACUAAGAUACACCCUGGCUUGUUCUGAUCUGAGGUCUAUGGUGCAUUUAAUGCACAGAUUUUGCAGUAAAACUGCAACCCUGACAAAGAUUAAAAUAAUAUUCAAUGAAAAGUGUGCUAAUUGGAUGAUCUGAUAUCGUCGUGUUGGUGUUGUUCCCAGAUCAUCAUGAAAAUGUUGUUCCAGGUUCAACAUUGCAAGUGACCAAUCACAUUGUUGUGACGUUAUUCUUUUGUGCGCCAAGCCAU